UAGAAGUAACGCAUGCCAAUUUUGGUCUUCUGGGGUUCUGAAUGGAUGGACAAAUAUGAAGGGCAUGGUUCCCAGGAAGCCUGAAUGUAUUAUCAGCUAAAGUCCAUCUGCUUUGCUGGGAUGUUGCUAUAGAUUUCGGGCUUCGCUUAUGGUUUCCUAGAAGCAGGAGAAGGCUUUCUAAGGGCCAUUAAGCCCAUUAAUGAUAAUCCGACAUUCGAAACUUUUUAAGUGCAGCAAUUAGUAGGCCAAUUUUCCCGCAAAGUGGUAAAAGCGUAAUUUUCCUAAUUUUAACCCAUCGUCAAGCCCAAAUCGAAAAGGCCAACCGCUUACGUUCCCGCGCUAAAGCAACAAAAUUUUCCAAGCCAAAUCGCGCCCUGGCGAAUUGCCAUCCAAAUGUUUGAAAACAUUUGCCGCCUUCCAGUUUCCAAUUUUGAAACGAACCAGUCUGGAUCCACAGUCCUCAACAUUUCGGCAUUCCCAUAUCAAUAACCAAAAUCCAAACUCUCUCUCCUCCACCUACGUCCAGAAGAAAAAGAGAGCAGUCGAGAUGAACAGCGGCGAGGAUCUAGAACUUGUAUCACCGUCCGACGCGCCAGCUUCUCCUGUUCCUGGGAGAAAGUUGAAGCGAUUGAAGAAGGUCAAAACGGUUGCUGAGAAUCCGUCUCAAUUUGAGGAACUAGAUUUCGAUAUAUCCGACGGCCAAGCUAUUGAUGAACCGAGAUCGGGAUCUAGAUCGGGGUUCGAGGGUUCCGAUGAGGAAGAUGAAUUCACUUCCGGCUUUGGUGAGUUGCCUGUCGAGGAAAAGUGGUCGGGUUCAGUUGCUAAGCGGACGUUGGAUUUUGAUUCCCUGACCGAGGAAGUUGAUGGAGAUGGUGAAGAUCAGAGCCGAGAGAUGGAAAUUAGGGAUUCGGAAAGGGAGGAGUCAGAAAAGAAACGGCCUAGUUUGGACGAAUUAGAGAAUAGAGAGAAGAAAAAGAAAAAGAGAGUCAAAGGCGAUGGUGAUGAGGAGAUGCCUUUGUUACCAGAAAGAAGAACAUCGAAGGAAAGAAGAGAACAUCUUGCCCAACUUCGUGCUGAAUCUCAGAGACUACUACGAGAAACUAGAGAUGCUGCCUUUAAACCAGCACUGUUGGUUCAGAAACCCAUAUCAUCAGUUUUGGAGAAGAUUCGGCGAAGAAAGCUUGAGGUUUCAAAAAAGACAUAUUUUGUUGUUGAUGAUCAUGAUGGUUUUUCAAACAAGGAUAUGGCAGAGCUUGUUGCUAAUGAGGGGAGCGGCCAUGAUGAGGCUGUGGAAGUUGGAAGUGAGAAGGGAAUUACAAAUCAUGGGAUUUCAGAUACCUUGUCUGCUGAUGAAAUAGAAAGUGUUGCGAAUGUCUCAAGUCAUGAAAAACUUUCACCAGGGAUGGCUGUUGAUGAGGAGCCUAAACAAGCAUUUCGAGCUGCUAUAGAUGAUACUCAGGAUCUAUUUUCUGAUUCCCAAACAAGUGACUCUAAAGAUGAUUUCGCAGAGGAGACCCCUAAGAGCCCUUUAGAAGAAGUUCUGGCACCAUCCAUGCUUGCUCUGAACUUAAAGCUCGACUCUGCUCCUGCUGAUGACAUGUCAUCUGAUGAGGAGGACAAUGACAAGGAGAACAUUGAUCCCCAACCACAUAGAUCUGCUGAUUUGUCUCCAACGGCUAAUGGUGAUCCUGUUAAAGCAUUUAUUGAUCAAGAAGCUGAAGAAGAAGAUGACAGUGAUAAUGACUUACUUCCCUUCCAGGAUGAUGACAAUGAAGAAGAUGAAGAUAGUGAAGAUUUAGAGGAACUUAGGGAUAUGAUAGCAACUACAUAUGAAGAAAAGCAAAGUGAUAUUGAAAAGCGCAUGGAACUCCAUCAGAAGUUGUUUGACCGACAGGAUGCUGCUAAAACAGAGAACUUAUUGCGGAGAUGGGGUCCGAAGCAGAGAGAAACAACCUUGCUUGAUGAGGAAGGAUUUGAGGAAGAAGAUGAAACUGAUGAAGAGGAAGAGGAUUUUGUUGAAACCACAGAAGAUUUACCUCCGACAAAUUUGCGCAUGCAUAUAAAGAAGAUAAAGGAAAUGAUACCACAAAUGUUUACAGAUAAAGAUGACAUGUAUAUAUCAUCUGAUGAUGAGGAAGUGGAAAAAAAGCUUGCUGAACAGUGCUUGUCUGAGAAAGCUAAUCAGCAGGCUGAGCUCUUGCCACCAACUGCGGAUGCAAGGUCCAAAGAACUCUUUGGUUAUAUAAAGAAAGUGAAUAAUAUGCCUGACAUUAGAAGAAAAGCCAAACCAUCAUCCUUUUCUAAUAUGCUGUUCAUGGGAAAACAAGGGAAUGUGUCCUCAAAGUCAUCUUUCAUAGGUCGGGGGUCAAACUGUUCUAUAUCUUCAUCUAGCAAGCAUGGAUCAGGCAUCUUGCGUUCUUUUGUAUUUGAACGUGAAGACAGCAAUAGCAGAAGCACAACCUCAGUUGCAGAAAAUUCUUCUGAUCUGGUCCAAAGGGAGCAUCGGCCAACCAAAACUGCAUCAGCCAAGUUUACUAACUCACAAAUCAAAUCAACUUCUCAGCCUAGAAAAGAUGAAACGGAAACGAGUUCUCGAGCUCAGUUGCUGGAAAUAUUAAGGCGUUCCUCAUUGCAAACGAGUCACAGCACUCAUAAUAGUAUUGUUGGCCACACUGAAUCCAUAUUUGCUGCAUUCAAGUUGGAAAAGAAAUCGGUAGAUAAUAAAGCCAAUGUAUCAAUGAAAACUGUCUAAGAUUAUUCUGGAUUGGACAUUUGAUUAUCCAAUGCGAAUUGCAUUCUUCUGCCAAA